UUGAAAAUUCCGCGGUCUGUACGAAAGUCAAAACUGGUGCUAACAAUUUUCUUCGUUUAAUCAUUAAAAAAUAGUCGAAAUCUUGUUUUUAAAAGUUUCCGUUGAUGGAAAAAGAUAAUCUUAGCAACUUCCUAUCAUACAGUCAUUAGAAUGGAUGGAGAAAACGUGUUUGGUCAGCUAAGACGGAUCGCAAGGAACGUUCAAAAUGAGAGCGCUCUCGCUCAGGAGCGAAUGAGUAGGCCAAUUGCACUCCGUACCAGCGGCGACUCUGCCCGCCCAGUGCUGCGACGAAUGCAGGCUGAUGCACACAAUGUGAAGCUUGCCGCAGGAGAUGCACACUCUAGUCUACCUUCAUCCGUGGAGUUCAGCAAAGUUCUUGAGUCUUGCAGUCAGCUUUGUGAUGCAUACAGGUCAAAGGUCAACCUGCUUGAAGGGUUUCUACAGCAAUAUGGCUACCAACCACAGCCCGUUAAAGUCAAAGGGGUUCCUGUCAAUAGUAUCAUCAAGAAAGAAGCAAGGGCAAAUGAAACACAACAUCCUAAAGGAGAACAGCUCCUUACCUCCACAUAUGAUGCUGAGGAAAUGAAAGAAAAUGUACCAACAACCCCCACCAACAAGCCUGACCUGGGGUCAUCAUGGAAAGGAGGGACCCCCAGACUGGAAGACUUUGGAUUGAGCAGGGGUUUCUUGGAACAGAUGACAAGGAGCAAGCACCAGAGCCACCAACAACCUCAAGAAGCAACCGAGAAGCCUCAGCCAAAAGCUGUUGCCAAACUCAAUCCCACUACGCCAGCCAAGAAACCGGAUGUUGUUUUACCGGUUGCUGGUGGCACUCCUAAACUUGAAGACUUUGGUCUCAGCUCCAAUUUUCUUGAUAGCGUCUCCAAGAACAAGCUUCGGAAUCAGCACAGAGUUGAGUCAACGCAAGAGGGCACUCAUUUAAACUCCACAUACAACAAAAGGCAAAUGGAGAUGGCCCAAACCACCAUGUUUGCCCCCUCCCAGGCCUCCACCUGCCCCUUCACCCCUGUAGGGGUCACCACCACCCCUUCAGCCCGGGUCACUGUGACCCCUGGUAUGUUUGGGGGCAGUGAGCUACCGGACGAGACCCCCACCAAGUUUAUAGACCUAAACAGUGCUAUGCCCCGCUCUCAUGCUGCACCGGAGGAUGACUUUGGCGGAUCCCAAGGAGCGAAGAAGUCUCUGCAUUAUGAACCAUCCAGCAAGAAGGGCACUACAUCUUUCUUGGACUCCAUUUCAAGUGACCUAGCGGAGAAUGAAGAUCAGUUUGGGACUCCUCAACCUCCGGAGCUGACAGCCAGAUGGGAAUUCACCUCCAUCCAGGCGCCCCUGCCAAGCCAACCAGAGUUCACUAUGAGUUCAGAUAAGCCCCCCAACAAACUUGACAUGUUUCCCAGUCUGGGGUAUCAGACCGAUACCCCUCCCACCCCAGAAAUGACUGCUAAGUGGAAUAUCAGAACCACAUCCAAGGCUCCAGGCUCCCUCCCACCAGCGGAACCCCCUUUCGUAAUGGAAGAACCCAUCCGCCUGACCUCUCACGAACCCAAGCAGACACCAGAGGAACCGCAGCGUCUGUACGUGGAGAAGGCUGCACCUUCUCUCCAGGAUAUGCCGGAGACACCUCCUGGACUCCCUGGAAAACUUGGCGACUCCAAGUCGUUUGAUUUCUCCAGGUUUAUGGCAGAUGAGAUGCCAAAGACCCCUGAGCUCACUGUCUCUUACCCCAGAUAUGUUGAUCCAAGCACGAAACCCACAAGUGUGCCAAAGCCAGUCGUAGACAGCGUCCCUCAGAAACCUUCAGCCAGUCUUCAUUCUGGAAUCCCCCGCAUGGUGAAAGUGGAAGAAUCCAAGCCUGUGGACAUCUCCUAUGUUACCAUGGUGACGGAAGAGGAGUUCUCCAAGCAAUCUGCUCACAUGAGGAGAAUCCUUCCUCUAAACCUUGUCAACGAGACUGUCUCCUGCAUCAAUACUAUUCUCAACAUCAAACACAAACAAGGCGAGGGCGUUUACCUGACGGACGACGAUGUCCAGGUGAUCAGCCUGGGUCCAAAGUCUAAGGCCAUGCUGCUCUUCUUCAUUACCGUCAAGCGACUCUCAAGCGGGAAGAGACCAGGCACAUCCGAAGUAGCAUAUUUCCCAGUCUCAUAUUAAGGGGAUGAAGAAAGACCCAAAGCAAGCAAGAAAGAAAAUGAACGAAAGAUAUGUAGAAUUCAUGAAAAUGUUACUAAUUAUAGAAGAGAGUAAAAGUAGAAUAUUCUCAUCAUUUUACCAUAAUGUUUGCCAUUGGAAAGAGAUCUUACUUUCAAAGUUUCAUUCAAAAGUGUGAAUGUGUUCAUUUUAUACAAGAAAAUCCCAUAGUAUUAAAAAAGUUGAUUAUUAAGAAACAUUUCUUUUGAAUAAUUUCAUCCCUUCUAUAUUUUGAUUUUGUAAGAUGUGUAGUUUACUUGUACUAAAUUGUACUUAUUCACAAUCCUCUCACUCACCUAAUGUCCAUUUUCAUAGUUACAACUUGUUAUUAACAGCAAUUUCUUUGGUCACUUGGUCGGCAUAAUGUACAAUAUUUGUUAAAUUAUAUAUAAAGUUAAUAUAUAAAACUUUAAUGAUGUUUGGGGUUUUUAAAACUUGCAAUGGGUCAUGUGAGUAUUUAGGAUUUUUUUUGGGACAUUUCAAUGUAAAUUUCAUUUUUUUUAAAUACCGGUACAUUAAAAACGUUUAAUAUUACAUGUAAUUCUUCAUUUUUUGAGAGGCAUUACUUUAUUUCUUAAGUCUCAUAAUUCAUGUAAAUGGAGAUAAAAAAAUAAAUGUCAUGAUCUAGCUUUGACAUGGACUUUUAUUUAUUAACUGACUUUAAAUAACUGUGGAUUAUUGACAGGAAGCACUUGGCAGUAGAACAGAUAAACCAAGCAUUAGUGAAGAAUUCAUUGCAAAUAAGAAUGUAAUUCUUUUCUAUGCUAAGUAGUAAUAAUUAUAUACUUGCAAGUAAUUAAGCCAACUGUAAUAUCCAUUUGCUACAAAGAAAUAAAGAAGAGGGAUUACAAGUUUGAAAUUAGAAUAAACCCCAUAUUAAAAUGUACACAAGCCGUCAAUGUAAAC